AUGGCGAAGGCAGCCAUGGCCAUCCUUCUUCUCCUCGCCGUCGCCGUCGCCGCCGCGCUCGCCGACGCCGACUUCGUCGCGAGCACGUGCAAGAGCUCCGACAACACGCGGUGCGCGGCGGUGCUGGGCGCGGACCCGCGGAGCGCGAACGCCACCACGGUGCACGAGCUCGCUAGCAUCGCGCUGGACAUCGCCGCCGCCACCGCCAGGGCCGCCUCCGGCUUCCUCUCCGGGGAGGCCGACAGGCGCGACCGCACGGACGUCGGCGACGCGCUGGGCGACUGCGUCGGGUACUACGGCGGCGCAACCGGCGCGCUCGAGACGGCGCGCGAGGACUUCGACGGCGGCGCGUACGGCGAUGCCGAGGAGGAGGCCGGCGACGCGGAGGGCGCGGCCGACCGCUGCGAGCAGGCGUUCACCGACCGCCGCCUCGACACUUCCAUCGUGUCGGACGUCGACAAGAGGAUGAAGGACGGGGCCAGCGUCGCCGGCGACCUCAUCGAUCUCCUCUGGGGUGACAAGCGUCGGCGCCACGGCCGUCGGCUGUUGCGUCCUUGA